AUGGUGUCCACAUACCAAGUAUUAUUAACUGAAAAACCUGCAACAGAUGCAACAUGUACUGAAGGAUUAUUUCUCUGGCGUGAGAAUUUGUCAGUCAUGAACAAUGAAUUGUAUAGAGGGAAUAAAAAUGGGAGCAAGACCCGUGAAAUUUCUUCAGCAUAUGACCUGACAAACUCAGACCUCAACAAGCUUAACCUGAUUGUCUCAUACAACUCAACAUACAAGGGUCUUAAUCAAAUUCCAGUUAUGUUAGUUUCACUUGCACCAAACUUCCUUCGAGUUCCACGGUUACUGAAUCUGGUCUCAAAUGCAUACUUUCAGUUGAGGAGCAAUAAUACUAAAAUGCGAUUUGAUUUUAUCAAAGACAUGCCUAGAGCUGCUGAACCUGAUAUGCCUCCCGAUAUAUCUUUCUUAGUGGGAAAGUUGGUUUUUGUGUGGAUUAUUAUGCUUCUUUUCCCGGUUAUCCUGAGCAAUUUAGUCUAUGAGAAGCAACAGAAGCUAAGAACUAUGAUGAAGAUGCAUGGCCUAGGAAAUGUGGCAUAUUGGACUAUAUCCUAUUGUUAUUUUCUUCUUCUAUCACUACUUUAUAUGCUCUUCUUGGUUUUAUUUGGCUCCAAUGUUGGUAUAAAAUUAUUCCAAUCGAAUAACUACAGUGUACAGUUCUUGAUCUAUUUCACCUACAUAAACAUGCAAAUUUCAUUUGCAUUUCUCAUGUCAACAUUCUUUUCCAAUGUCAAGACUGCUACUGUGACAGGAUAUCUCUACGUAAUUGGGUCUGGCUUUUUAGGAGAAUAUUUCUUCAGGCCUUUUGUUGAAGAUCUCUCCCUCUCAAGAAGAUGGAUUAUUCUGAUGGAGUUCUUCACACCAUUUUCUUUGUACCGCAUAAUCUACGAGUUUACUCCACCUCCAUCUAUUUUUAAUUAUUCGGACUUUUCUGGAAUACAGUGGGGAGACUUGAGUGAUCGUGAAAAUGGAAUGAUAGACAUUCUCAUCAUAAUGGUACUUGAGUGGGUCACGUUCCUCUUAUUAACAUUCAAUUUAGAUGAGUUCGGUACCCUACGAAGUGGAGUGAGAAAAAUGGCAAUAGUUUGUCGCUCACGCUUGGAUGGGAGUUCUCAGGCUGCUCAGGAGCAGACCAUACAACUUCAAGAAUUCAAAGCUUCAGUUGAAACAGGCAGGGCUGAUGUUCUGAGAGAGAGAGAGAUGGUUGAACAACUCUUACAAGAAUCAAAUAGCAGUUAUUCACUCAUAUGCAACAACAUUAAGAAAGUGUACCGUGGAAAAGAUGGAAAUGCAGAGAAAUUUGCUGUCAGAGGGUUAUCUCUUUCGAUACAACGUGGGCAGUGUUUUGGAAUUCUUGGUCCAAAUGGUGCUGGGAAAACCUCUCUCAUUAGCAUGCUGACUGGAUUUACUAAACCUACAUCUGGUACGGCUUAUAUUGACGGAAUGGACAUACGAUUGGACAUGAACAAGAUUUAUACAAGAAUUGGUGUUUGUCCACAAUUUGACUUGCUAUGGGAAACACUGACUGGUCGAGAGCAUUUGAUGUUCUAUGGCAGACUUAAGAAAUUGAGGGGCGCAACAUUAGCUGAGGCAACAGAACAAUCUCUAAAUAGUGUACGCUUAUUAGAUGGCGGUGUUGCUGAUAAGCGUGUGGCAGAAUACAGUGGUGGCAUGAAACGUCGUCUCAGCGUUGCUAUAUCUCUAAUUGGUGGUCCUAAGGUUGUUUAUAUGGAUGAACCAAGUUCUGGCUUGGAUCCAGCAUCAAGGAAAGCCUUGUGGAAUGCUGUGAAGUCUGGCAAGCAGAACAAGGCCAUAAUUCUCACAACACAUUCGAUGGAAGAGGCUGAAGCUCUAUGCGAUAGGAUAGGGAUAGUCGCAAACGGGACCCUGCAAUGCCUUGGGAGCUCUAACGAGCUGAAAGCCAAGUAUGGUGGCACAUAUGUGCUCGCCGUAACAACUGCGGCCGGCGAGGAGGAGGAGGUGGAGCAACUUGUCCGGUCCAUCUCCCCCGCCAUGAACAGGACGUACCGCAUUGCCGGGACGCAGAAGUUCGAGAUGCCGAAGCAGGGGGUGAGAAUAUCUGAGGUGUUUCAGGCUAUGGAGGAUGCAAAGAGCAGGCUGAACAUCAUUGCCUGGGGCCUGUCUGAUACGACGCUGGAAGAUGUCUUCAUCAAAGUUGCCAGGGAGAGUGACACGUCGUCUAUGUAGUGGUGUCUUCAUCAAAGUUGCCAAGGAGAGUGACACGUCGUCUAUGUAGUGGUGGUGUCAUACUGGAUUCUAUUUUGAUCGCUACUUAAAAGG